UGCCUGAUCAGAUACCGUACGCUCAGCCAUGCUAUCCCGUCAGAUGCUCCAGAAAAUGCCAUCGCACAAGAUGCUCAGAUUUAUAAGUAUAGAUCUACCCCAGAACCGUGAGCAUCAUCUCAUUACCAUAUAACUUCAUUUUCUGUCAGCUAUUGACACUUCUUUCAUCAAAUGGAAAGCAAUUCUACAAUCAUGACUAAAGGUCGAGUUGUUAUGACAAAGAUCAAAGCUGGACACCAAGAUGAAGAACAAAUAUCGGUUCAUGAAGGCGUGGUCGAUGGAGCUACUCGUGGUCGUGGCGAGUUGGAAGUCAUGGAAAUGCGUCAGCGAAUUUCAAUCCUGCGAAAACUUAACGCCGCAGAGGCAUGGCUAGACAAAGGGUUUGGCAUAGAGACAACAGGUGCGGAUCGCCUCCCCGAAGACCAACGUCAACCUCCAAGCAUAUUCAAUAUGAUUUUCCUCUGGUUCUCUAUGAACAUGACGCCUGGUCUCAUUACCAUGGGUCUUUUAGGUCCCAUCUUUGGGCUCUCUGUGAACGUUUCGAUCGUCAUCAGUGUCUUCGGUACGGCUAUAGGCGCCAUCAUACCUUCAUUCACGGCAACGUUGUGUGCUGCCACGGGCCUUCGUCAAAUCGCUGUGUCUCGAUAUGCUUUCGGGAUAUGGGGUGCAAAAUUUUGCGGCUUGCUCAAUAUUCUCAUCAACAUCGGCUUCGGCACAAUUGACUGUAUUGUCGCGGGUCAGCUUAUAAGCGCUGUGAGCGGAGGUAAAGUCACAAUCGCUGUGGGAAUCGUAAUUCUUUGCGUGGUAUCUUUUAUGAUUUCUCUUCUUGGUUUCCGCCUCAUCCACCGAUACGAACAAGUAGCCUGGAUUCUGAUACUGGUGCUCCUUUGCGUCGAGUUCGGCCAGUCGGCUAAAUACUUUUCUCCUACACCACAGCUAUCAAGCUCUUCGGGAAAAGCUAAGAUCGGCGCUGCACUGAACUACUUUGCCCUUGUUUUCGGUCAGGUAGCCGGCUGGUGUUCUUUAUCGGGUGAUUACUAUGUUCACUACCCUGCAGAUAUUAACAAGUGGCUGGUUUUCUGGUUGACUUGGGUCGGUUUGGUUAUUCCGACUGUGUUCGUUCUCAUCCUUGGUAACCAAUAUGGAGGAAUUAUACUUACCAACCCUACCCUGUCUACCAUUUAUGAUGAUGGAGGCAUAGGAGCAUUGAUCUUAGCAACCUUAUCGCCAUCUGGAUGGGGGAAAUUUGUCUGCGUUAUGUACGCAUUGUCGUUCGUGGCUGGUGUCACUGCCAUUUAUUACUCCUCGUCCUUAUCCAUUCAACUAUGGGCGAAGCAUUUUAUGGCCGUUCCACGUUUUGUCUGGAACACUGUUCUCGCUGCCAUUAGUUUGGCCCUCGCUUGGGGAGGAAGAGAACAUUUAUCCUCUGUUAUAGUCGAUUUUCUGUCUUUACUUGGCUACUGGACGAUUUGCUUCGGCACGAUUCUCGCGUUUGAAAAUUUUUGGUUCCGGCCUCGGAACGGUGGUUACGAUCUUGAAGGGUGGCAGGAUCAGGAUGGAAUGCCUCUGGGUAUUGCAGGCUGUUCGAGCUUGGCAGUGGGUUUGGGUGUAAGCUUCCUGGGUAUGGACCAGACUUGGUUCAUCGGACCGGCAGCGAGGGCGAUUGGACCAGAAGGCGGUGAUCUUGGAAAUUAUAUCACAUUGAUGGCUGUUGUCCUUACCUACCCGCCUCUCCGACUUCUUGAGAUCAAAUUCACUAAAAGAUAA